AUGAACAGCCACGGAGACAUCAAUAACACCUACGCCGCCCGGCCCGCCGUCGAGAUCCAGCCCGACGAGGCCUACCUCGGCCGCAACCACGCCAUCGCCGCCGAGGACGAUGACGCCGAGACCCGCGCCCGCUACCGCCCCUUCAUCCCGGCCGCCGACGCUCCCGACUCGGACGACUGGGUCUCGAGCCUCGAGCUCUCGACCGCCCUCGCCCUCGUCGACCGCGAGGUCCUCUCGCGCGGCCUGCCGCGCCUCCGCAUCCUCGUGCUCUACGGCAGCCUGCGCGCCCGCUCCUACAGCAACCUCCUCGCCCUUGAGGGCGCCCGCGUCUUGCACCGCCUAGGCUGCGACGUGCGCAUCUUCGACCCGGCCGGCCUGCCCCUCAAGGACGACGUCAGCCACGACCACCCAAAGGUGCAGGAGCUCCGCGCGCUGAGCCGGUGGAGCGACGGCCAGUUCUGGGUCAGCGCCGAGCAGCACGGCGCCGUCACCGGCCUGUUCAAGACGCAGAUCGACUGGAUCCCGCUGUCGCAGGGGUCCGUGAGGCCCACGCAGGGCCGCACGCUGUGCGUCGCCCAGGUCUCGGGCGGCUCGCAGAGCUUCAACGCCGUCAACACGCUGCGCCUGCUGGGCCGGUGGAUGAGGAUGUUCGUCGUGCCGAACCAGAGCUCCGUGCCCAUGGCCUACACCCAGUUCACCCCCGAGGGCAGGAUGAUUCCCAGCUCCAACCGGGACCGCCUAGUGGACUGUAUGGAGGAGCUGGUCAAGUACACCGUCGUGAUGCGUCCACACUUUGACCUGUUUGGAGACAGGUUCAGCGAGCGCAAGGAGAAGAACGAGAAGAAGGCUGCCGUGUCGUGA